AAUCCCUGGCUGAGAAUGAAAAACGUAAGAAUUUUACUUACACAUUUAAAAUAAUAAAACCAAUUUAAUAAAAAAAAAAAAUACAUACUAUAUACAUAGGUAUUAACAGCUAUAAAUUAAAAAUGUGCAAAUACGAGUUUUUAUGUUUGUAUAAAGUGUAUAUGAAUACCAGAAUUGAAGUACAUAUAAAAGUGUUCAUUAGAGAAUUUUAUACAAUUGCGUGAUAGCCAUUAAAAUUCUUCAACUAGAUAAAGUCGUUAUUUUCUUUUAAAAAGCUUUUUAUUGGUCACAGGGAAGAAGAAAAUAUUGAAAACAUUAGAAGGAUAUAGCAAAUAUUUGCCAUAUUACUAAAUAAUAUGAAAAUAACGGUACAGAUAACGGUAUACAACAAAUUUAUUCAUCAUUUGUACAAUUCAAUAGUACUCAAACUAGGACUGAGGCUUAAGCAGCAAUUUUUGCAUUAGUAACAACAAGACAGUAUGUUAACCUCGACCGCACCGAAGCUAUAAUACCAUUCCCAGGUGCUUUUCUUAUAGCAUGAAAAGGUAUAAAAAGAUCUUUACCUUGAUUUUAAGCGGUCAGUUUCUUUGGCAGCUAUGUAUAUGCUAUAAUGGUCCGGACUGAACUAUUUGUUCGGAGAUUGUAACGACCUGGAUAUGGGUUAAUGCGUCAGAUAUUUCAUAUAGAUGAAUAUGUCGUAAUAUAAAGGACCAAUCAGGUAAUUCCGAAAUUACAGUUUUUUUAUUUCUUAUAGAUUGAUCUUGUUUUCAAAAAUUGCGAAAUAAUUAAAAAAAAAAAAUAAUUGUUAAAACUUGAAAUUAGCAAGUUCGAUAUGGUGUUUUCAUCAACAGCGGCAGCUCUUUCACGCUGUAGACCCGCGACAGAAACUCAAUAUCUCCGCAAAACAAUAUAAAUUUACGAAUAUGCACCAACAAGGUUCAAUUGAAAAAACUCAACGCUUAGUUUCGUUUCAUUUAUCAGUUUGGGUCUUAGUGCAGAUCGAAAUCACGCAUGUGGGAUUUUCGAAUUCCUUUAAAAAAAAAUCCUGUAGGAAAUGUCAUUUCGAAAAACGAGGUACACCGAAGUCAUAAAAAAAGAUUUGAUCAAUUUCUGGCAUUAAAAAGAUGCUACUGAAUGUCAGUCAACCGCGUUAUCAGUCUCUUGAGCGAUAUCAAUUGGCUAUCUUGGAUCUACUCAAAGACUUUGGAAAAGAAAAUGUCAGUUGUGCCAGUGAGAGGCUGAUCAAGUAGUAAGCAGUAGAAAAAAUACGAUGAUAUAGAAGAGAAUCAUAAAAAUAACGAAAAAAAUAUAUGACUAUAAUAACCAUUUUCGAGAUAGAAAAAUUCCGCAUUAACUGUUUGCAAUUGAUUUAAAAAAAAACUACAGACAAUAAAUAAAUAGUUUUAAGUUUAUUACAAGUGCAAUUUGAAUAACUUAAUUAGAUAGAGAAGUGGUAUAAAGCAUGAUGUAAUGAUACUAUGAGGACUAGCGAGUUUGUAUAUAAUAAAAAUAAGAAUGAAUUGUGUUUGAUAUAUUCUAAAUCAACUAUAUACUAUAAGUGUUUACAAGUAUACAAUUUAAUUAUAUAUUCACGUGCGUUUUAGUUUAUUUUAUUAUACAUAUAUGUAAAUAUAUUGGCCAAGUUGAGAUUCUUAUCUAAUUCAAAAAAAAAUGUUGGUUUCAAGUAAAGACCCACGAACGUACUUUGAUAGCCACCUAUUAUGGGAGUGUGAGUCUAAUUAUAAAUAUUUUUUUUUUUUAAUUUUUUUCAUAUCAAUCUAUGCCAAAUUUCGUGAUGUUAUCUUGUCAAAUAAAAAAGUUAUACCUUCAAGAACUUGAUUUGGAUCGGUCAGAUUGUAUGGGUAUCAGCGAUAAUGACUAGAAAUAUUAAUGGUGUGGUAUUAAAAAUUAUAAAUAUAUAUAUAUGUAUAUAUAUUUUUAAUUUAAUUUAAAUAUAUAUAUAUGUAUAUAUAUUUUUAAUUUUUUUCAUAUAAAAAUGUAUUAUCAGAGGUGCCCUUUAGUAACCACUUGAAAAAAUUUCAAAAUGUCUAGUAAUACUUUUAGCCUUAAUAAUAAAACAAAGAAAAAACAAGACUAAUUUGCUUUUUGAUUACUCUCAUGAAAAUAUUCCAAACCUUAUCGAUUGCGAUCAAAUUUAAAAAUGCCGUUAUAUUGUUAACGUCGUUUUGACGACAUUAGAUUGUGAUGUAGGUAAUUAAGUUUUAAUUUAUUAUUAUAAUUAUACUUUAAUUUUGAUUUGCUGCAUAUCAGGCGUAAGGCAUGCUCGGUAACUGUUCAAUGCCAUUUUCGACUCUUGAUGAAGAGUUCAUGAAAUGGCGGUUACUUAUACGCUACGUAAUACCGAUGAAAAAUGUUUUUACACACGCGACAUGUAGUCGCUAAAUAUAAUAUAUAAAUUUUUUACCUAAUAGUUUUAGCAAAACUUUAAAAUAUUCCAGAUAUUGCAACAAAUAUAUGGUAUAAAUAUCUCACGGUAUCUGCAAAACUACUUUACAACAGCAAAUUUGAAAUGUCUUACACACGGAGCGAUAUAUUCAUUACAUAGCAAGCCAAAGGGACAGAAAUCAACGUAUUAUUUAAUAUACAGUGUCUGGCAGAAUAUGUGAAGCGAUUUCAUCCAUUUUUGGUACCAAAUGAAAGCAAUAUUAUCAAUAUAUCUGGUAGUAUAACCGAUAAACACCGUAUAUAUUCGUUUGGAGCAAUGUUAACCAAUAUAUUCGGCACUUGAAAGGGAAGGUCGGUGCUUAUAGAUAUUAGGCAAAGCGAAAUAUGUAAACUCAUAAAAUAUUUUUGAGUUAUCCCACAUAUUGGACCCCGUAUGAUAUAAAGCUACCUGGAGGGGCAAGAAUUCUUUUAUGUACUAUUCAGGUCCCAGUAGACGGUAUGGACCGAUUGCAAUUUUGAAAACUGAUUAUUGCGAUAUCUUUGUUGUUUUCUGAAAUAUUUUUUGUAUAGAAAAAUUUAGCUGAUGACAUUUAAAACACCCUCAUAUUGGAAGUGGGCUUACUUGUAGUAAGUUAUUACCGGUUUUCGAAAAAAAAAAGUAAUUGGAAGUGCUGUAAAUCAGAUAGCAUGAAAUAUUCAAAAACAGUGUUCCCACUAAUCAUACCCUGAACAGGGUAUAUUAAGUUUGUCACGAAGUUCGUAUAAUUAAUGACCGUGACGAGCUGAGUCGAUUUAGCCAUGUUCGUCUGUCCGUCCGUCCGUCUGUACGUAUGCAAACUAGUCCCUCAGUUUUUGAGGUAUCGACAAGAAAUUUUGCGCACGUCCUUUUCUCCCCAAGACGCUGUUCAUUUGUCGGAACCACCGAUAUCAGAUAUUUCGGAACUAUAGCAUAUAUUGGAAUCAAGUACUUGUAUAGAAAUCUUUGUCAUUUGACAAGAUAUCUGCAAGAAAUUUGAAUCUCGGAAGAAAUUGUUUAGAUCGUGGUGCAUAUAACUGUCAUACAAACUGACCGAUCCAAAUUAAAAUAAAGAUUUUAUACUCGUUUAUGCUAUAAAAAAAAUACACCUGUGAAGGGUAUUAUAGCUUCGGUGCAACCGAUUUUAUUGAAAUAGCUUUAGUAGUUUGUAAUAUAGUAUGUAUAUACAUUUCACCUCUAAAAGAGUGGGGUAAGGCGGUGCCUUACAUAUUACAUAUUGACUAUGACAUCUAAAAUAUGUCUCAUAGUCCACUGAGAUAUCUACAAUUGUUGGCAUUGCAAAUAGAGUGAAUUAGACGGUUAUCACGUCGUUAAAAAUUUUGCAUAGAAUAUCUGAAUGAGGUAGGUCAGAUUAUUUGUUUUAAGUGAGCACUCUAAUGGGCUUAUACAUAUAUCACAAAAACGAUUAAUCACCCUAAAGUAUCGCAGCAAAAGUGAACAUAAAAAAAUCGAAGAGUAAUCUCACCCACUUCACAUUAACCAAUAUUGUUCAAAACUAAAGAAAGUGAAACUCUCUCAUAACGUCAUAGAAGUAAAAUUAUGGGGUUAAUUUGCCAGGUAUAAACACGGGAGCAUUGUUAUAUAAGCGUCGCUAACUAGUUGAAUGAUUUCGAAUCAAUUUGACACAUUAUAUGCCCUCUUUUUUGGAUUUGAAAAUGGGCAAACUCGUACUGAAACCACUAAAACUCGCCGUAUGAUUCAAAAAUUCCAUAAAUCUGAUAAUAACGGAAUUUAAAACGUGUGGUUUUCAAUGAGGCAAUCAUUUUUCGGAGUUGAUAUUUUUGACAGCUAUUACUUGAUUUGUGGUUUGCCUUUUUAUAACAAUCAGAUUUACUCCCGAACAACGUUUGCAAAUCGUGUAAAUUUAUUACCAAAAUAAUGGUUCGGUUCACGCGACGAAUCGUGAAUUUGGUUCAACUUAAAGCAUCUUUGGUUGAAAAGUGGUUUAUAAACAGAAUUGUCGCUUUGGAUUUUGUGAUAAUCGACAACCAUUUUUGUUGUGCUCUAUGGGCAGGAAAGCAUUGGUCUAUAUUUCUUCUAAAAUAAAGCCGGUCAUCCUGAUUCAAUGAGGAACGCUAUAGAGCCAUGGUUCAACAAGACGUCUACAUGCUAUACACCAACGAAACAAUAAAUUGAAAACUUUUGGUGAGCCCAUUAUCUCUCGUCGUGGGUCUAUGGAGUGAACACCAAGAUCGUGCUAUUUUCUUGCUAAAUUAUUGGCCAUAACAUUAAAUUAUAAUGCAUGCGUUUUAUAUUUUCUUGAAAACCACAUGUCUAAAACAAAAAAAAAACACCCUUUACCUUCACCUACCUCCCUAACUGAUUUACGUCGAUCAGGAAACUAAACUUUCUCAACCUAACUUUCUCAGAAUUCAUAAAUUUUUAAAAUUAUUACGAAUCCUCAUUUCAUCAUUAUCAGCUGGAAUUCCACUUCAAAAACUUCACGAGACCAGGGUUUGAAUCUAGUUUUUCAAGGAACUCAGCUGUGGGUUUGAUGACUCCAGCAAACGUUGUCGCCAUACAAAGAUCUUAAUUAAAACUGUUACAAUUAUUUAUAUUAACGCGUUCAAGAACAAUUUCAACUCCCUCAAUAUAUACGAAUUCCCUUUAGUGAGUAGCGACACGUGUAUGCCUACACACACAGAUUUAAUAAUUACCGUAAUAUAGAAAUGAGGAAAUGUGCAAUGAGUCUGCGAUGAGUAAAGUUAUAAAACUUACAAACACACUAGUCUGCUAAGCUGAAGUCGCAGAUGAGUGAUGCACCAAUGUCAUUGACCUUGAUAGUAUUUAUUAAAAAAUGAAUUAUUGCAGUUUCGAUUUUACACUCACUAAUGAAGUAAUCACUGUUAUCAAUUGAGACAUAAUUAAGGACAUAUUACUUUGGUAAUCUCAGCUAUAAAAAAAAGCACUGAAAUAAGCGUGCAGUUAAACAAACAUAUGUACAUAUAGAUACAUAAUUUAUAUAGAAACACAUAUGUAAGUAAGUGUGUAAACAGAUGUGUCAAUUAGCGAUAAUUUAACAAUUAAUCUUUUAUUGUUCCAGUACAAUGUAUACCCAAAGUAUAUAGACAUAGAUAUAUGUAUAUAGUACAGUGGUUCAAAACUUUACUGAUCACUGCGUUAUAUGGGAGAGUUAGCAGUUAACUUUCACUAUGUUUCGAGUAGACGGGGUUUAGAUGCAGCCGGGGUCAGCCUAUUUUAUAAAAACUCUUCAGUAAAUUAGUUAUGUAUACAAACAGUACGUGUGUAGUACUCAAGUAUCACACAGGCUGAAAAGUUCCCAUCGUUUCUAAGAGGAGGCUCCACUGAUGUGCGUUGCGUAUCUAGAUACACCAAUUUUGACCCGGACUUUCAAAAUAACUAAAUUUUCACGUAUUUUAAGCUUAAUUUUCGUCUUCAAAAUAGGAUCCUGAGCCAACACUUGUAUGAUAACAUUUGAUCUAAUUUUCCAUACACUUCUUACAAACCUUCUUGGUCUUCAGUGCCUUCAGCGAAUUUUGGAUUUUUCGGUUUCGGCUCAUUUUUGGGGCGUCAUUCGAUAGAUUGUUGGACAGUUUUGACGUCAUAUUCAUAAACCCACAUCUCAUCACCAAUAAUGAUGCGUUUGAUGAAUGUAAUUUUCGAUGACUUCACGACCUUUAGUGAAUGUUUUGUGACAUACAAAUUCUUGCGUUCAUGACUCCCCAAAAUAAUUAGGCAACAGUUUUCAACGAUUCCGUAGCCGGUUAGCCUAUAAAACAAAACGAAAAUUUUUGGCAAAAUGCUCAACGUAGAUUUCUUUUAGCUCAAUACUACACUUGAUUCUUCGAUGCCCCACUUUUUUAACCCGUCUCAAAAUACGUUUUUUGGUUGCUUGUAAAGUAGAUAUCAGGCCAAACCUGAAGAAUAUAGUAGAAUCGGCAGCAAAUCCUAGACUAAUUCAGUCAACGUGGUGAUAGCGAAGAUGUUAGCUGGUGCUUUGUUAUAAUGGAAAAGCAAAUAGUUCUGGUAAACCGAUAUAUUUGUUGUGAACUCCACAUAACGGUGUCCAUGAUAUGCGGCCUUUUUAGAUGCUUACUACCCCACUUCGCUAUAUCACGCAUUUUCAAUCGGAGGUCUGUCAAAAUACGAUAAUGGACCCUUGUCAAGAUAUCAUCCAUGGUAGCCGUUUUCUUACCUAGAAUGGCUCAUCGAAAACCGGCGUGCUACCGUUAAAGGGAAAAAAUCACCGUAUAUAGCAUCCAAUCCCUCCUUAGCUACACUACACCGCUUCCCCACUCAGUUUUUUUUUGGCGUUUUGGUUUUUGGUAGCGUUUGAUAAUCACACAUUCUCUAUCAUUCUGGGGAAUUAUGCUAUACCUCAGCGGUUGUUUAACAAGUUUUCCUUGAGAAGGUCUAUUCAUCAUUGUUGAAAAGUUGAAACCCAGAUUAGCCACGCGAAUGAAAUGUUUUUUUAAAUAUUUAUAACUCUUUGUGUGUUAUCGAUAGCGUAAACGAUGGCGGGGUGAAAGAGUAAAAGUAAUCUGGCAGGGAUUUCACACCUGUUAUUAAUUUAAUUAUUUUUAUCACAAUUUACAUACUAGCUUCAAGUAAUACUUGUAAAGUGACUAACUUAUAUUGAAACAACUGUAAGUAUAUAGGUGUAGUGGGUACGCUGCGCCAUGUAAUCUUUAGUAUUUUCAAUUCCAUGAAAUUGAAAACAAACUAUUUAGCACAUAAACAUUGCAAUUAACGCACUUUAUCUCUAAUAUAUGUACGAUUAAUUCUGUAAAAUUAAAAGUGGAAACCUUGUGCAAUCAAUAAAAACGGAAAAUGAAAUUGAUCGACGUCAGAUGACAGACGACAACAGGAUCGAGCUCAGCUGCGAUCGUUAAUUAAUAGAAAUUAUUGUGCUUUUAAACAUCCAACAAACAUACAUACACACACAAACGAUCUUGCGAAUAAACGACGAGUUUAAUCGAAAUAAAUUUGUAAAACGCAAACUUUUCCGCAAGAACAAUGGUUUAUAUCCUCGUCACCGAGCACACGCCGUUGCUACUCAAAAGCGGCUUUGUGCGCUUAAAGGGAAAUAUAAAGCUUCGCCGAAAGAAAGAUUCGAAUGCGUUCGGCGUUCGCCAUGUGCAGGCGUUGCUGUUGUUCUUCGGCAUGGCUUUCGGUUACUUUCUGCGUGUUAAUAUUUCCGCUGCCAUUGUGCCAAUGACGAAGCCUCGAACCGCAGGCGACGCAUACUAUGACUGGGAUCCCUCGACCAAAUCGUUAAUACUGAGUAGCUUCUUUUGGGGUUAUGUGGUGGCGCAAGUACCAGCGGGCCUACUGGCCAAACGUUUCGGUGGCAAACUAGUACUUGGCAUAGCCACAGUGCUGGCUUCGAUUAUAACAAUGUUACACCCUUGGGCAGCAUCUGGCGGCAGUUGGCAAAUAAUAUGCUUUCUACGCGUAUUAAUUGGACUGACGCAAGGCGUUCUCUAUCCGUCGGUACAUACAUUGUUGGCCAAGUGGGCGCCACGUACGGAGCGUAGCUUUUUGGCUACUUCAGUGUAUUCAGGUGCACAAUUUGGCACAGUGAUUAUUUUGGCUACAAGCGGUUUUAUUUUUGAUUCCAGCAUGGGUUGGCCGGGUAUAUUUUAUAUUUCCGGUGCUGUGGCGUUGGCCUGGUCGAUUUUGUUUUUAGUUUUUGGUGCGGAUUCGCCAAACCGCUCAAAGGUGAUAUCCACACAGGAGCUUGAAUAUAUUGAACGUCUUACGGGCAGCGGUUCGGAGAGUACGUCUAUGCCAGUACCGUGGAAGUCUUUAUUCACAUCAGCUCCAUUUUAUGGCCUUAUCGCAGCUCAAACAGGUUUCACUUGGGGCUUUUACACACUCCUUACUGAAAUACCCACCUAUAUGGAUUCAGUACUUAAGUUAAAUGUCGCUUCGAAUGCGUUGUUAUCGGCUUUGCCAUACUUCGUAAUGUGGCUGUUAUGUCUGAUCGUUAGCCCGAUAUCGGACAUGCUGAUUAACAAAAAUAUACUAAGUAUCACCGUAGGGCGAAAGCUCUUCAACACGAUUGGCCAAUGGAUACCCAUGGCUUGUCUAAUUGGUAUGAGCUAUAUGACGAGUGAAAAGAGCGUAGAGGCUAUAACACUGCUUACGAUCGGUGUUGGUUUCAAUUCGGCUGCAUUUUGUGGAUAUUUAGUCAAUCACAUGGAUCUUUCGCCAAAUUUCGCUGGACCAAUGAUGUCCAUUUCGAAUGGUUUUGGCAAUUUGUUGUCAUUAUUUGCACCAUUAGUUGUGGGCGCUGUCGUAGUAAAUGAGGAGGAACCCAGCGAAUGGCGAAUCGUUUUCUAUAUAACAGCCGGCGUUUAUUUGGUAUGUAACGCUUUAUUCAUCAUAUUUGGUCAAGCGACAAUACAACCAUGGAAUGAUCCCACGAAUUUGCCCACAAACACAAAAUCGCAGACAAUUGAAAGGAUAGGGCAAGAUACAGAGGCUACUGUUACUAAAUUCGAGUAAAUUGGUAUUCGAUAACUUUAAAACAACAUUAUUAAGAACUGAUAGCAUAUAAAGAAAAUAUAAUAAAUACAUUAUCUAAAUAUCUAUAUAUGUAUAUAUUAACAUCUCUAAAAAAACAAGAAAGAACGUUAACAUCUUUUGCACUUAAGCUAUAAUACAGUUCA